AUGGAAGACUACUUCCAUUGGUUUUGGGUUCUUCUGAUCUCGUACAUCUUGCUGAUUUUUAUGCUGAAAGUCGUGCUUCACCUGUGGUGGACGCCGAGGAGAAUUCAACUCCACUUCAUGAAACAAGGGAUUAAAGGGCCUAAGUAUCAGCUCUUCCUCGGCAACUUGAAGGAACUGGCAACCUUAAACCUCAGGGCUUCAGCUCAACCUAUGCCUCUCUCCCACAACAUACUUCCCAGAGUCCUCUCUUUCUACCAUCAUUGGAAGAAAAUAUACGGUUCGACGUUUCUUGUAUGGUUUGGGGCGACGGGUCGGCUCACAGUUUCUGAUCCAGCGCUGAUUAGGGAAAUCUUCAUCUUGAAAUCAGAGCUGUUUGAGAAAAAUGAGUCGCCCCCACUUGUGAGGAAAAUUGAAGGUGAUGGUUUGUUGAGUCUCAAAGGAGAAAAGUGGGCUCACCAUAGAAAGAUUAUUCAACCUACUUUCCAUACCGAAAAUCUCAAGUUAAUGAUACCGAUGAUGGGGAAAAGCAUGGAAGAAGCAGUGUGGAAAUGGAGUGAAGAGAUGUCAAAUGCAGGGAAGGUGGAGAUUGAGGUGUCGGAGUGGUUCCAAAAUCUGGUGGAAGAUGUCAUCACAAGAGCCACUUUCGGAAGCAGCUAUGAAGAUGGCAAACUCAUUUUCCAACUCCAAUCUCAGCAAAUGCUCCACGCCACCGAAGCUUAUCAGAAAGUUUUCAUUCCUGGCUAUAGGUUCUUGCCCACUAAAAAGAAUAGAAUAUCUUGGAGAUUGGAAAAAGAAAUUCGGAAAUCGUUGGUGAAGCUCAUCGAUCGAAGGCGGAAAAAUUCGGGAUGUCAGGUUGUGUCAGACGAAUGUCCUAACGAUUUAUUGGAACUCAUGAUCAAGGCCAGUCUCAAAGACAGCGCCCAUGAAUCGUCGCCACUCGCCAUUACGGCCAACGACGUCGUUGAGGAGUGCAAGACCAUCUUCUUCGCCGGCAAGCACACCACCUCCAACCUCCUCACCUGGACCACCGUCCUCCUCGCCAUGCAUCCCCAGUGGCAGGAACAGGCACGUGAGGAGGUCCUUCGGGUUUGUGGAGCACGUGACACCCCUUCUAAAGAUGAUCUUGCAAAGCUCAAAACGCUGGGAAUGAUUCUGAACGAAUCACUGAGACUGUACCCACCUGCAGUAGCAAUAAUCAGACGGGCCAAGACGGAUAUGCAGUUGGGUGGGCUCCACAUUCCUCGCGGGACCGAGCUUCUUAUCCCCAUCCUCGCCGUCCAUCACGAUCCCGCUCUGUGGUGCCACGACGCACACGAGUUUAACCCAGCGAGAUUCGCCAAAGGCGUGGCUCACGCCGCCAAACACCCUAUGGCCUUCAUGCCCUUCGGCUUGGGCGCGCGCCGCUGCAUCGGCCAAAAUCUAGCCGUUUUGCAAGCCAGAUUAGCCAUAGCCAUGCUUCUCCAGCGCUUCUCUUUCGAGCUGGCGCCGACUUACCAGCACGCGCCGUCGGUCCUAAUGCUCCUACACCCUCAGCACGGCGCGCCCAUUGUCUUCAGGAAAUUGUAGGAUUUGUGAGUGCGGAGUCGCUGGUGGUACAUUAGACAAAGUCGUGAAUGCGUUUCUGAUCCGGUCCCGUGUUGAAUUCGCGUAAUAUUUUUCUUGUUCUUGUCCUCUGACAUGUACACGUUCCACUUUAGGGGGGUUUUUAGAGUUCUAACAUCCUUGUGUUUUUCCUAACUUAGGUUGUCUAAAAAUGUUUGAUAGGAUUUGUGUCUAACCCUUUACGUGUUAGCCUAUUUAGUUCAAAUAUUUUCUCCAAUUCGCCACGAAAAUUUCUGGGGCGAAUACUGCUACGUCAAUCGAGUUGAAAUUUGGUCCGAUUUUAAAUUUCUAGUAAAGUGACCAAAAAAAAAUUAUGUA